AUGUUCCAGAAAAAAGGCGUUCGUAUAGACGGCCGCGCACACGGGACGUUCUUCGCUCCAGGAGCACAGACGUAUUUCGGCGAAUAUGUGAUCUCGUUCGCAGUGGCUACCGACUGGUUGGAGGGCCUCGAGCUCAUUAAGGAAUACGUUGAUUCAGGGAAUUCUGCACACGGCGGCACACGGUUCUCUGAGAUUUUGAGUCUGGAGGAUUCUUGGGGUAACACGGCCCUUCAUUUGGCGGUGUUGAACAAGAGAAGGAGGACGUACACGUGGUUGAGGAAGCAUGGAAACAUCGGUGCCAUCACUCAGCAAAAUUGCCUUGGGCUCACUGCUAUCUCGCUGGCCGCAGUGGUCAACGAUGCAGCCACAUUUGAGCACGUCCUCUGUGAUAUGUAUCAGGUCAAAUGGAAUUUCGGCCAUGUUACAUGCUUCAGACUUCCGCUCGAACAGAUCGAGACUGUUGAAACUGCCUCUCUUUAUGAAAGCUCUGGUAGAAAUUUAGACUCGAUGGCAUGUCAAGGCCCAGUAACAAGUAGUUCCAUUAACAGUGGCAAGACAUACCGCUCCGUCAUCGAACUCAUUCUCAUGCAGCGGUCUGAACAUGUUGUAAUGAAUCCGCUAAUAAUGGAGAUUCUGCAUAUGAAAUGGGAAAGAUUUGGCCGAUGGAUGUUCGCGGGUAGUUGUGCCGUUCAAAUUGGCUAUUUGGCCACAUUGGUUUUGUUGGCGAACGAGUAUCAUCAUAGUGUUGGGAAAAGAACUACGUUUUUGAACACUCUUGAGCUCUUGACCUUGGUAUUCACGCUUGUCAACUGGGCCGCAAUGGUGCUGGACAUCAUCGCAGGAGUUUCGGCGCUGUCUACCAAGCUUGCGCUGGUGUCUGCUGAGAGUGCAGCGGUGAUCAGGCCAUCCACCAGAAGUGACAGAAAAAGUACGAUUGGUGAUACGGAGUGGGCGGAGAUGCAAAGUGGUGGUAGGAGCAUGACAGGGCACCCAUUGCGACGCGACGUGUUCCCAGUGUCAGUAUACGACUACCUCGCUUGGCUGGGUCAGUUCUUUAUCACAGUUCAUUCAAUCAUCUACGCGGUCGAGCCGACAGGAGUUUCAGACACGGGCACGGCUAUGCUCUCGGUCGGGAUAGUGCUGGUGUGGCAGUCCUCAAUGCAUUUGUGCCUUGCUUUCAAGCACUUUGGAACCUUAGUCAUAGUCAUCAUGAGGGUGCUGAGGAAAGACAUUCCAAGUUUCUUCCUGUUCCUAUUCAUCAGUUGUGCAGGUUUCUCGCAGGGGCUUCGGCUGCUCAAUGUGCCAGGUGCCGAUACCGACUUCAAUAGUUUCGUGCAGGGCAUAAUCACGAUGUUCCGGGUGUUGCUGGGGGAGAAGCCUCUGUGGACGAAAAAUCCUUCCAUCGAGGACAUGGGAGUGUUGGGAUGGAUUGGCGCACUUUAUUAUGUCCUUUUCUCGGCAUCGACAACCAUUGUCUUGUUGCGCUUGAUGAUAUCCAUGUUCAACGAAACCUACGGUGGUGUCAGGAAGCAUGCCGAGCAGGAGUAUCGGCUGACGUGGGGGCAGAUGAUCCUCCGGACGGAGCGGCGCCUGAAGUUGUUGGUGCCCAGGCGGUGGCAUCACCACAUGAGCAUGGACGACCCUACCGAGGACAGCUGCUCUUACGUCUUCCAGCGAGUCGACCACGCGAAGUUCGAUUCCGAGAGCGUGGACGGAAUGGUGGCGGCCGUGGCGCUCCCCAGGGAGCACCCCGCGGGCGACGCCGCGACGAUGGGCGCUCUGCUCGCCGCGCUCAAGAGGCAGGAGCUGGAGCUGCAGAGGCUGCGGGGCCAGCCCGGGGCGGAGUCCAGCCCCGUGGAGCCCGCGGCGGAGCUGGGCCCCGAGUGCCCCCCGCUGGAGCUCGAGGAGCAGACGUUCCUCCGGGGCCCGCCGGGCGUGCCGCCGGAGCCCAGCGUGGACCUGCCGGGGGCCGCGCCCUCCGAGUGUGGCCUCGGCUUCACCGGCGUCUUCGGCGCAGCGCCGCGCGGGCGCGGAGGUGCAGGGGCAGCGCGCGCUGAUGCCGACGACUGGGGCCGGAAUUGCGACAUGUUCACGGGCGCGGGAGAAGGAGAUGGCGACAAGAGCCUAGGGGGGAUGCAGGACGUCGCGACCUACAACGCGCUGAUCAGCGCGUGCGAGAGGUGCGGCGAGGCCGACACUGCGCUCGCCCUCUUCGGGGCCAUGAAGGCGAGCCACAUCGCCCCGACCGAGGCCACGUACGUCGCGCUCGUCGCCGCCUGCGGCGAGGGCGGCCGCCGGGAGCGGGCCGCGGAGCUGGCGGAGGAGCUGCAGCGGCUCCGCGGGGCGCGCGGGGCGCCGCGGCAGGAGGCGGCGCGUGAGGCCGCUCCAGCGGCCGCUGGCCACAGUGCCAGCGCAGGCGCGGCUCCGGCCGAGCCCGGGGCGGACGCGCCCCGGGAGCCGACGGUGCACAUUGUCAGGGACCCCCCGCGCCGCGCCUGCGCACACGCCGCCGCUGGCAAGGCCGCCGAGGCCGCCCCGCGCAGCCCGUGGAGCAGCCCCUGCAAUGUGCUCGUGCUCCUCCUGACCGUCGGCCUCAGCAUGUCGCAGGUGAUGCUCGCCACGAGCUCGCAGCGGUGA